AUGAGCUCAUUACCACAUACAGCAGAGCUGCUGGCAGAGCUGCAGGCCUCCCCAAUGUGGCUUCCUGUUAUUCACCUGCACCCGAGAGCAAGGGGAAGGGGGCCCCGCCCCGCCCUGGCCCCAGCAUCUGUGCCCAUGCCCACCGCCACAGUGGGGCACCUGGCCCCUGGGAGCUACCGGCUGGUGGUCUUUGAGCGGGAGAACUUCCAGGGCCACCGGGUGGAAUUCUCCGGGGAGUGCUUGAACCUGGGAGACCGCGGCUUCGACCGAGUGCGCAGCCUCAUCGUCACCUCUGGACCCUGGGUCGCCUUUGCAUCCGACUUCCAAGGGGAGAUGUUCGCUGAGAAGGGCCAGUACCCGCCCUGGGACACCCGGUCCAGCAGCUACCGCAGCGGCCGGCUCAUGUCCUUCCGACCCAUCAGGAUGGUGAGUGGCUCCUGGGUGGGGCUGGAGGGAUCCAACUUCCAGGGCCACCGGGUGGAAUUCUCCGGGGAGUGCUUGAACCUGGGAGACCGCGGCUUCGACCGAGUGCGCAGCCUCAUCGUCACCUCUGGACCCUGAGUAGGGUAUCAGUACCCCGGCUACCGCGGGGACCAGUACCUCCUGGAGCCUGGUGACUUCCGGCACUGGAAUGAAUGGGGAGCCCUCCAGCCUCAGAUGCAGGCCCUGCGCCGCCUUCGGGACAGGCAGUGGCAUCGUGAGGGCUGCUUCCCUGUCCUGGCGGCAGAACCCCCCAAGUGA